AUGCACGUACUAAAGGAGGCUGCUGAACACAACGUCGAUCUGGAUGCGUCACCACCCAAAAAGACGUCCUUUAUGAUCGAUGACUUACUAGACGUUUCUCCACCGUCUCCUCCUCCUCAGCCAUCUACCAGCGGAUGGAAACGCAAGUUAGAACCUGCCCAAAGUAACAUUCCUGAGAAGCGAUCCCAUGACGAGGAGCUUGAAGACAUACUUGCUGAGUUACGCGCACCAGAGAUACCGGAAGAAGUACUCACACAAGUUGCUGAGACCGCCGAAGACGAAGUCUUUAUCAGCGAUAUCAUUCACAAGAUCAAUAGUACCGACAACCUAUGGACGUUCAUCUAUAGGGGUCCUCCACCUACUAUUGUUAGUAACAGUCGUGUUAGUGCAAUCAUAAUACAACACUCAGACCAUUAUCAUGUCGUUUUCCAAGCGCUGCCACAAAACCAAAAUCGUUCAUUACAACGCAUCCUCCAAGUUAUGGGUAUUCCCUCUACCUUUACCUUUGAUGUUCUGGCCACGUUACAACCGGUAGUCGAUUGGUUUCGCCUUCGCUCCGUAUCUCGCCCGCACAGGGUAUCCGUUCAGGUACUAGGCAAGCACUUACAACACUUGGCACAACACAUUGGCCUGACACCCGUAGACCAAAAAGAUUGUGCCCACACUGAACCGCGAGUCUCGUAA